UUUUUCUCUUAUUGGCUAUGGUAACUUUCCGAGAAAUUUCAUUUAUUGUCGGUGAUCCCUAGCUGCGAAGGAAAGAGGAGGAAGGUCGAAGAUCUGCCUAACGCACGAGCUCUGGCACAGGCAACAAUGGCUUCCACCGCUCCUCCCGUCCUCCCUAUCUCUAACUUGCAAACCGUUCCCUCCGCCGCUCCAUCCUCCGUCGAAUCGCAGCCUCCGAUCGCCACUCCGGCGUUUCGCGCCUUCAUCAACAACAUCUCGGAGACUGUCCGCAACGGCCUUUCGCAGCGCCGUCCCUGGGCCGAGCUCGCCGAUCGCUCCGCCUUCUCCAAGCCGGAGACGAUCUCUGAUGCCGCUGUCCGCAUCCGCAAGAACUACUCUUACUUCAAGGUGAACUACCUCUCCGUCGCGACGGCGAUCGUUGCUUUUUCUUUGGUGACGCAUCCUUUCUCUCUCGUCCUCCUCCUCAGCCUCCUCGCCUCCUGGCUCUUCCUCUACCUCUUCCGUCCCUCAGAUCAGCCUCUCGCUAUCUUCGGACGCGUCUUCUCCGAUCGCGAAACCCUCGGCCUUCUCAUUCUCUUCAGUAUCUUCGUAGUUUUCCUCACCGACGUGGGAUCUGUUCUGGUCUCCGCCGUGUUGGUCGGAGUUGCCCUGAUCUGUGCGCACGGCGCCUUUAGGGCUCCAGAAGACCUAUUCCUAGACGAGCAAGAGCCUGCAGCCACUGGAUUCCUCUCCUUUCUCGGUGGCGCUGCCUCCAAGGCCGCCGCAUCCGCCGCGCCUGCCGUCGUGGCCGCUCGCGUGUAAAUGCUCCUCAAAAACGAAUCCGAUCUACAGAUCCGCCAUACAUCCGAUCGGGAUCGGGUAAUCCUUUUUGGAUUUUGAAAGUUUAUCCGUAUAAUUUGUUUGUUCAUUCGAUAUUUAGAUUUUAUCAACCACAGAAUAAAGGAAAAAAAACAAAUGUGAUCUCUCUCUAUCUUUUUGCCUCGUGGCAUAAGAUAAAUCUAGCUGAAAUAUAUAUAUUUUUAUACUCUUUCUGAUAUUUGAUCACAAAUCUAUACUUACUUCCCCCUCUGCUGCUUACGGUAUCUCCUUGCCUUGUAAAUGGUUUUGAUGAAUUUCCACUGUUGUUCAUAUUCA